GUUCAUUUUCGUAGACAAUAAGGCACCUUGAUUUUUCUUCUGACUUGGCCAGAAACCAGAGAGAGUAGUAAGUAGUGAUGAAAAGAUGCCUUCACCCCAAAACCAGAAGCAUUGAAUGAACAGAAGGCAUUUUCAGCAUCAGCAUCAACAUGGGUGGGGAUUCUAUUGUUUCUCAUGGUACAGACGAAGGUUCUUGUUUGGAGGAGAAUUUUCCCUUGCUUUCAUCUCACUCCUCACCUGCUCUCAGGGAUAAUUUGGGCUUGCAGGAUGAAGACAACAGAAUGAAAGCGGAGAAUGGGUUAACUUGUAGUGAAACUGAUGAAGAAAUCAUACAUCCUUCUAGAGUUGAUUUUGAAGUCAAUGAAAGGAGAAGGGUUAUUAACUACCAAGAAAUCCUUCAAUGUUGUGAUGAAUUGAAGAUUCAUAGCAAGGAUUUGAAAAGGGAGAAACAAAAAAUUUUGAGAUAUAAGCCUGGAGCAUGGAUUGAGAAGGCUGGUGGCUUAAAGAUAAGUGAUUAUGAUGUGCCAAAGACAACAUGCCUCUUAUUGGUUGGUCCAAGAGGAUCUGGGAAAAGUAGUCUCAUAAAUAGAAUCUCUAAGGUGGUUGAGGAUGACAGAUUUGCACCAGCAAGAGCACAAGAAUCAUAUAAUUCACUUUUAGGGGACGGAACAUCCUUCCUCCAGGAGUAUAUGAUUCCAAGAUAUUCAAAUUCUAUCUGUCUGUAUGAUACACGUAGUUUGUCGGAUAACUCAGAAAAAGAUGAGAAUAUUAGAAUGCUGAAGAGUUGGAUGACAAAAGGUGUUCACCAUGGAGAGCUUGUUGUCAGGAAAACAGAUAAUCAGAGAUUGAGGAAAAGUUUGAAGGGGAAAGCUCACAAGAAAGGUUACUUAUCCAGUAAGACCAGAAAAGUUAAUUUUGUAAUAUAUGUUGUUAAUGGUCUUUUGGUUCUGAAAGCAAUGGAGAAUGAUGGUGCUUUGGAGACACAGUGUGUUCAAUCAAUUGUUUCUACUUUCAAUUGCCCAUUCCUGUCAUUUAAAGAUGACAAACCUGUACUUGUUUUCACUCAUGGGGAUCUCCUUUCGUUCUCUGAGCGUGCUCUUGUUCGUGAACAUUUGGGAACGUUAUUGGGAAUUCCACCCACCAAGCAAAUUUUUGAUAUCCCAGACUGUGAUUGUCCAGCAACUGAGUCUGCCAUAAUUCGAAUGCUAAGAUAUAGUCUUGCACAUGCCGACAGACAUUUUCCUCAGAGAAGCAAGGUUAUGGAUAAGGUUCAUAAAAUGUCUCUGUCACUGUACAUGAUUUUGCUGAUUCUAGGAAUAGGAAUCGCGAUUGGCUGGGCCCAAAAUACUGAAAAUAGAAGAGUUCAAUUUCCACGUCCAAAACAGAAAGUUCCCAAGAGCAAGCCAAUAGAGUGGCAUAAAAUUCGACACAUAUGGUAGCUAUAAACAUUUGUAAACAUGGCUUGUACAUAUAUAAUGGUUAUUUAGUCCGUAAUGGAGUUGGGUGAAAAGACUUGUAAUUAAGGAAGUGUUUGGUUACUGUUGAAUUGGGAACCCUUUAGCAUGUGGGUGAUUAAUUGUUUUUUGUUCUUUGCAAUGGUUAUUUCAUGAUAAUAUGCGGUUAAUAUUUA